GCUGCCUAAGACUGACAGGAUGUGUCAGGAGAAAGCUGCCUGCUGCCACACCGGAGAGGGGACUCUGACUUCAGGCCUGUCUGUGAUCAAUCCCCCUGUCAGAGAUUUAGCUGCAUCCGAGACCCCAGCGCCAAUCUACUGCUUCCCCAUCACCAUGGAGGCUUCUCUUGUCAUCUGCAUCCUCGCCGCUCUCCUGCCUACGGAGGGAGUGAAGAGUCAGAGCUUUCUCAAGGGCUGUAUGGCAGCUAACCAAUGUAAAGUCGGCACCAUCUCUAUGAAUUUUGGGAAUGGAAUGGCAACAAGGACGAGCGUUGUCUGCUGUGGUGGAGACGCCUGCAGAACAACCACUGUUACAGUGCCCCCGGCUGACACCAAACCCAACGGCCGGAGCUGCCCUGGCUGCUUCCCCUCAAGCCAGGGUCCAUGCAAGGAAGGGACCAUAGAGUGUACUGGACCUGAGACGCAUUGUAUUGAUCUCGCUGGGACCGUAACGAUAAGUGGAAGUCAAGUGCAGACCAUCAUGAAGGGCUGCGCUUCCGAGUCCGUCUGCGCCAAUAUAAAAGUGGGUUCAGGGACCUUCACAGGGAUUAGUGCAGAUCUAACCACAGCCAAAUGCACAGCAGCCUCCGGCGCGGCGGGUGUGACUCCGGGACCAGCCGGGCUCCUCCUCCCGGCCCUCGCUGGGCUUCUCCUGCUGAAGCUUCUCUCCUGAUUCUCCACCCAGUGCAAUGGCGACAUCGCACUGAAAUACACCCUGCAGCCUGCGUUAGUCCCUCUCCCCUGCGCACGGGUUUUCCUCUCCAGGACGGACUCACAUCCCCUUGAUGUUGCCAGUGGCGUAGCCAGGAUCCAAGAGCAGGGGGAGCAAACAUAAAAAAGGCACCCCCCUUGGCUCCUCCUCUGGCCACGCCCCCUCCUUGGCUCCUCCUCUGGCUGCUCCGCGCCCCCCCCCCCGUUUUGCUGGCUCCUCCGGCUGUGCCUUCCCCACCAUUGGCUGCCGGCCGCCAUGCUGCACCCCCCCUUACUCCUCCGGCCACGGCUGCCGGCCGCGCUGCGGGCCACCUUGCUGCACCCCCCGCCCCUUGCUCUGCCUCCUCUGGCUGUGCUCGCCACCCUGGCCCAUUGGCUGCGGGCCACCCUGCUGCGCCCCCCCCGCUCCUCCGGCCGCCGCCCUGCUGCGCCCCCCCCGACUCUGCCUCCUCCUCCUCUGGCCGCACCGGCCGCCCCUCCAUUGGCUGCCAGCCGCGCUGCGGCCUGCCCUGCUAUGCCCCCCCUCGCUCCGCCGGCCACGGCUGCACGGGCUGCCCUGCUGCGCCCACCCCUCGCUCCUCCGACCGCGGUUGCCGGCCACGCUGUGCUGCCUCCUCCUCCGGCCGCACCAGCCGCCCCCCGAUUGGCUACUGGCCGCGCUGCGGGCUGCCCUGCUGUGCCCCCCGUCGUUCCUCCGGUCGUGCCGCGGCCUCCCCAUGGCUCUUCCGGCCGUGCUGUCCCUCCUUACCUGUAGGAGGUCAGCACCGGCCGGCAGGCGCGCCACUUUUUAAAAACGUGCUGAGGGGAAGCGGCUGCUUCCCCUGCACCCCACUAGCUACGCUGCUGGAUGUUGCUGCACUGAAUAAAACACACUGGAGACCAAACUCUCUGAAAUUUUUAU